AUGGCUGGGGUUAUUCAGAUCAGCAAACCUCACGCACGGCCUGUCGGUGCCCGCAACAUCACAUCCUGUGCAGGCCAGUGCCCGACGGGGUACUACUCCAGUGACGGGUUUAAGCCCUGCCAGCCGUGCCCGCAGGGCUCCUACCAGCCUGACCCGGGCCGAACGCUCUGCUUCCCCUGUGGAGGGGGGCUGAGCACCAAACGCGAAGGGGCCAGCUCCUUCCACGACUGUGAGGCCAAAGUCCAGUGCUCUCCUGGGCAUUACUACAACACCACGGUUCAUUGGUGCAUUCGCUGCCCUCUUGGCACAUACCAGACUGAGUUCCAGCAGAACUACUGCAUCUCCACCCCUGGCAACAUCACUACCAAAUUCGAUGGAGCCACCUCUGUCUCCCAGUGCAAGAAUAGGGAGUGUGGGGGAGAGAUGGGCGAGUUUACUGGCUAUAUUGAGUCGCCCAACUAUCCAGGAAACUACCCCGCCAACGUGGAAUGCACCUGGAACAUCAACCCCCCGCCAAAACGCAAGAUUCUCAUCGUAGUGCCCGAGAUAUUCCUGCCCUCAGAGGAUGAGUGUGGAGACGUACUGGUCAUGAGGAAGAACUAGGACUAUGAACAGCUGGUGGAAAACAUUGUGAGGGAUGGAAGACUCUACGCCUCUGAAAAUCACCAAGAAAUCCUCAAGGACAAAAAGUUGAUAAAGACCCUGUUCGAUGUGCUGGCCCACCCACUCAACUACUUCAAAUACACGACCAGGGAGUCCAACGAGAUGCUGCCCCGCUCCUUCAUACGCCUCAUCAGCAGCAAAGUCUCAGAAUUCCUGCGGCCAUACAAGUAGUCCCCGGGCCCCGCCCUCCCCCAACGCCACCAGGCCCCGCCCCAUACCUGCAGGGCUCCUAGCAACAAGACAACACGGAACUUUUACUUUCUCCAGCGGCUUUGAAAACAUACUUCACUAUGCAGACUUUCAUGUUUGGCUUUGUUUUUUGUUUUUUUUCUCCCGCUCCUCCCUCCCUCCAAUCUGCCACUCACAGCAGAGCUUCGCCCAUCAAAAUCACAUCACACGUAGACUUGGUUAGACUUUUGCGUCCCGUAUGAAUAUUUGUGUUUAUAUGUUGUUUGUCUGUUUGUUUUUGUUUUCAUUAUUUUUCCUUCCUGAGAAGAACCCCCCCCCCCCCCCACUGAGCAUUUGGCUGCUAUUUGCAGAUGGGUCCACUGUCCCAAUAAUCUCUUAUUACAGUAAUAAGGGAAUAUUAAACAUUUCAAAAGAAAUGUCUUGCUUAGCCAGGGUGAGGGAGAAGCAAAGUGCUUUUCUUUUCAUUGAACAUUUAGGAAUACUCUGCCAACCAAGCAGUGAUGAAUUAUUAUGAAUUAUGAAUAUUAAGAGAUGAAUGUAGUGGCCAUUUGGUAAGCCCUAUGAAUGGGAUCUACACCUGGCAAGUGAGAACAGGCCUCCCUAAAAGAGUGGCUUAUUAUGGAUAUACAGCCACCAGUUUCAGCCCAGCUCCAGCUCUUACCAAAUCCCAGCUCAUUUAUCCUUUAAUAAUUUUACAACAUUCUAUGACCUCUACCAUUCUCUCCUAAAGUAGGGUCUUUUUUUCAUUUCAUAGCAUUCAAAACCAAAUGUUACGAGCUCUUAGAGCAAUUUUCUUAUUAAGAUAUUGCUGUUAAAACAGUUGAUUUCUUGUAUCUGUUCGGUUCGUUUGUGUUGUAUUAUUGUCUGUUGCUUACUUUUAGAACAAUUAUUUUAUAUUCCAAUUAACUAACUUAUCAAAGCGAAAAAAUAUAGGAUUGUUCUUUUUUGUUUGUUUUUUUUCGAACAUAAAAUGAGAAAAUCUUUGGGAAAAGAAAACAGAGCUGUAUGUGUGGGAGCAGUGCUGUCAUAGCACUCCACACUGUGAAAGAGGCCGAGAGACGUCUUUGCUGCUCGCUCCGAAAGGUCACUUUAAAACUUCGAUCUCGUCUUUUGACCUUGCGUUUUAGCCUCCUUCCCUCAGGAGGACCCCCCCCCCCCCCCCCCCCCUCCUGUUUCUUCACGAGGAAAAAAGCAUCGUUGUUAUAAAAGGCUGCAUUUAAAGUGGCGAUUAAAGGAUAGACCGGAUUCUGGCACACGUACGCAGGUCAGUUAUCGAGGACGGUCAAGCUACGAUCCCAGGACCGUGAUAACGAGUUUAUUUUGCGUGCUGAGAAAGGAAGCUCUUUCUAUGGUAAACCGGUUUCGUUGUUUUCAGUGAAUGUUGUAAUUGACCAACGGACUUAGACGAGGGUUGUGCCCGAGGGUUGACUUCCCCGGAGCACGACCCUAAACUACGUACUGCCCUCCUUGCCCCCCUCACUCCCUAAUUCCAAAGACAUAACUUCUCCCCUUCCCUAUAUCUCAAAAAUAGUCUGUCCCGUUAAAGCCAGCUCUUCCAAAGACUGCCCCCCAUGGCAGGACAAAUGAUUAUCUUGUGCACUAGAUCAAGACUUGUCACCCUACCUUUGUUGUAUGUGCAAUGAAUUUAGUCUCCAUAUGUCCUUUUCUGUGCAUAAAAAAACCAAGAACAAUAUUUAAAACUGCCAAAACUGUAUAAUGGAAUGUCUUAAUUUUAUGUUUUGAAAGAAUUUAUUCUUAGGAGUAAUUAUAAGAUAUAGUGACUAGUUUUUGAUUUUGCCUUUUAAAAAAGAAAAGAAAUCUUGCAUCCCUUACACUGAAAUUCACAAAAAAGAUUGAAUAAUCAACAAUGUGUACAUAAAUGUAUUUCUGAAUCGACACCAGUUAUAUUUUGAGAACGACUCCCUCUGUAAUUGUUUUUGAGAUGCCCUUUGAACAGAACAUUGAUUUCUGUACUUGUUCAGUAUUUGCUUUCUCACUUUCAGGAGUCAGUUUGUACUUUACGCCAGAUCGUUGUUUUCAUUGUGAAUACAGAAGAUGUAACUCUGGGUGGUGCACAGGUACAACUACAUCACCAGCCAGUGAUCCGUGUAAUAAUUGGUGGUUCAAAGACAAAAAAAGGCAAGGAUGUUGGACUCCUGGACAGACAUUUCAGUAGAGGCACAGAUGGUUGUCCUUGUCAUGCUCACCCAUUAGCAGAGAAGCUAUAGUAGGAAUGCCAUUGAUGUAUUCUUUUGAAUGUUCAAAAGGCCAACCUUCAAGUUUUCUUGUUGCCUCCAGUAUUUAUAUCUGCUUUGUUUUUGGUUAUUUCUUCCUACAUAUCACCAUUCAACAACC